AUGUGUGGAGUGGAAGUGGACGAUGGAGUGGAGGAUGAGCACGAGGUGGAGGAUGAGUUUGGGGUGUGUGAGGGGGUGCGGAUGUUGCCCCCCCCGGUGGCACGCUGUGAUGGGAGUGUGUGGGGGUCCCGGCGCGGGCGCUGUGAGUGUGUAUGUUGGGGGUUAGGGCUGGUGCUGUGGAACCUGGCGCUGACCGGCGUGUGUGUGAUGCUGAUGGCCGCAGUGUUUACGCUGGUGCUGCUGCCCGCCGUCCUGCUGCUGUACGCAGGCUUCCUCUGUCAUUCACGGGUCCUCGCUUCCCCCUCUGCUAUCUGCCGUUACCUUGACGACAACAGUUGCUCCGCCCUCAUCAUCCUGGGCUUUGUGAUGAUGUCACCACUGGUCGUGGUCGCCGCGGCAACCUUCUGCGGCCUGCUCCGGCGGUUCCGCCUCCUGCUGUACUUUCAGCCAAUCUCAGGAGCCUGGUACAGGGGGCGGGGCUUCGUGUGGAGGCGGGACUUCCAUGCCUGGGUGUGAAUGGCUGAAGGACUGCUUCAUCUUCUCGGCCCGGGCUCACUGAUCCUGGAACAGUUUCUUUUGUUUAAACCCAAACCUCGCAGAGGCUUCACUGACCAAAAAUCCAAAACUGGUUAACAAUCAGUUACCAAGGACUUCUUCAGAAAAUGCUCAGAACCCGACGCUCUGGAGAACCUGGGACCGUGAAGAAGAGGUGAAGCUACAGGAGAAGUAUUACCAUCACUGUUCAAGGCCUAGAGUGUGCUAACAUAGUAGAGCAAAAAGAGGUAAAGCGAUAGUUUGGUGAAAUAUCUGAGUUCCCCUUAGUCAGUUCCCCCUCAUCACCCCAAAUGUAGUCAGCCAAGACAUGUUUGGUGUCAUUUAGCACUGCAGCUAUGAGGCUAAUACAGCUAAUACAGCUUUUUUUCUAGAUCCAGGAGCACUUGCUCUGCAAGGUCUGUACGUUUGGUCGAGUGUGAAAGCUGUUUUCGGUCCUGGGAGCGGAACAGAGAACCGAUCUCUGGUCCUCCUGAAAUCGGAGGUCUGGGAACUGUGGUGCGGCCUGCUGUGCAUGUGGAAGUGAUCUGCUCCCAGAAAAGUUGGUUCUACACCGCUUGGGUAUUUGUGUCCAAGGUCAAUAAUAAAGAGCAGCUGAUCCACGAUUCGGAUGGAAUCUGUGUGUGAAAUCAAACGAGCCCAGAUUCAGUUCAAAGAGCCCUAAAUCAUCACACACUUACCCUAAACCAUGUUAAGUGAUCUCUAAUAGACCUCUAAAGUCCUCUAUGCCUGUAUGAGGAACUUAAAGUCUGUGCUGGCUGUGGUUAACAAAAACUUCACCGAAUCCUCUAAAAUACAAGGUUUUUAAAGAGCCUAAGUGUGAAUGUUGUAACAUGUGAGCUAAUACCGCUGCGUACUGAACUGACCUCAUCAAAAUGCCCCACACAGACCAGCAGGCUUCGCCCAGUGUGGUAGUUUAGAGGCUUUUGUCAAUUUUAGGAACAGUUUGAGCAGCUGGUGCUGGUAUGUAACACUGCAGAAGUCAAAUAUUAAAAAUUUUGUCCAUUCAACAAAAAUCAAACCGUCUUGAGAGCCGCAGUAUUUUAUAUCCAUUUUACCAUCUCGGCUGUAAAUGUGUCUCAGUGUAUGCUGAUGUGCUAGUA